CGGCAGCGCCGGGCCUCGCCCCUGCCCCCGAUGCCCCGCGGCCGAGCGGCGGCGCUGCUGCUCCUCCUCCUCGGCGCCGCCGCCCUCGCCUACGGCCUCUCCCGCCGCGGCCCCCGACAACGGCGCCUGCGCGAACAGAGAAGAGAGCAGCGAAAGGCCCCGGAGCGCGGUGCACAGCCACCGGACCCACCGAGGGAUGAGACGCCGCCAGAGGUAUUCCUGCGGGAAAUGCAGCUGGGAGAGCACUCGCUAGCCAGAGAACACGGCCCCGGGGCCGUCCGCCUCAACCAGGCGGCGGUGACGGGCGGGCAGCUCCACGGACCGCCGCGGGUCUUCCGGCGAGUGCUACCCGUGGGCUUCUUCGACACGUUCACCUGCCCGAAGCCCGUCGAGUGCCAGCCACCCGAAACCCCAACGGAGGAAGAGGAAUGUCCGGAAGCGGACACGGAAUGAGACGCGGGGGCAGCGGGUCCGCUUCCUCGCCGCCCCACGGCGGCUCAGUGAUCGGAUGCCAACUGCGCGUUUUCCAUUUCUUUUACUGUUUGGGGUAAACACGCGCCCUUCCUGGGUCCCACGCGAUCGGACGGGUCCGGCCAUAAAAUCGGCCGCCACGACGCAA